AAAAAAAAAUUGAUGCCAAUUGAAACCUUCUUCAACAGUCGAGUCGACUUCUUCUUCCCCUUCUCCUCCGGACAAAUCCCUAAUUUCAUCUCCGAUUCAGCUGCUCCCUCACUGCCAGUCACCAGCCCGCCUUCUCGCCGACCAUCGCCAGUCCGCCACUGUGUAUCUCUCUCCGCCGCCGACACCACAGCCAUUCGUUCUCCCGCCGGAGACCAGCUCCUCCGUUCCCCCGACGCUCUUCUCUGGUAAGCCUGUUCUAGGAAGUUGCCCCCUUGCUGUUGUGUGUUAGAAUUGAGUUGUGCUGGUUGCUAAUCCGGAUUGCUACCUGUUUCUGAUAAGCCUGUUUUUAGAUGGAUUUUACUAACCUCGAACAAAGAUAGGUUCUUUAUGGGGAGUUAAAGUAUUUCAAAGGUGAUUGAUUUCAGGGUCAUGACAUCCCAGGCCACUUUGUUAAGGUAGACCCUAGAAUGGUCGUGUUACCAGUGAUUGCUUGCAGAUAGAAGUUGAGAAUGAAUGCUAAUGUACCUUCACUUGAAAGUCCUUUUGUUGGCGGUGGGCCAAUUUCACAAACCUACACACAUUAAAGCUCUGCAUUUCAAGUUUCCCACAUUGAAAUAGAUUGCACAUUUCAGAUUGAUGGGGAAGAAAGAGCCUUUCUCUUUUGUCUUGGUUUUUAAAGUAUAUCUUACUCUUGUCAUGGAAUUCUCAUGAGAAGAAGGUGAUGUUGUCAAUGCAGGUUGAUAAGUACCUGUGACUUGAUGAUCAGCCCUCUUGUUUUCUCAACAUGAACAACCAGCGUGGCGAAGUACAUCAGGAAGAACCAACCGUAGCAGGAUUCGAGGUCCCAAAUUCUCCCGAUUCAAGCUACAGCAAUCCUUACCCCGGGACCGAAGACGAGGCAAGGGACCCACCUGCAGUCCCACCACAUUUGCAACAGACCUUGCUUACCUACCCGGCAAGUGCAGACUCGUCGGAGUCGGUCCCACCUCCACAGAAUGUUAUUCUGAACCAUCUCUACAUCGAGAAUCGAGAGCCUCCACGAUCCGUGGCGGCACUCGGGUUCACUCAUCGCUUUAGAUCAAAGUACGUUACGGUUGUGCUAUACAAACCUGUUCAGAGGAGGGGGAGCACCAGCUCAUAGGAUGCACAUAGAAUAAGAAAGGAGGCCUUCAUUAGAAUGUGGGUUUUAUCUCCCUCCCCCCUGGCUCUCCCUCAUUUGUUCAACUUGCUUCCUAUAGGGUGUGCAGAUUAGAAGGGAGAAAGGGGAUGAUCAGGGAAAGAAGCCAGAAAGGAGAAUUUUUAUUUCCUCACGACCGAAAUGAUGAUUGAACCUUGGAGGGUUCUUCUCUCAGCUGGGAUUGUCAGCUGUUGUCAUUAGGGCUUAGAUAUAGCAUUGGAUGGUUUCUUACCUUUCUUAUUAUGUAAAAGAAAGGCAGAAACAUACUUUUGUGUGUUCAUUCAAUGAUUUGUCCAUCUUGAUGGUAAUGGCUCUUAUUUAGUGAUCAUAUAUCUAAUCUUAUAUAGCAUUUGAUGAGUUAGAAACUGGUCUGUUUCUGUCUGUAACUAGA